ACAGAUAAAUACUCAGGAGACUCACCUUCUGCGUUCCAAGUCAUUCAGGCUUCCAUUGACUUUAAUUCACCAUGUCCUCAGCGCCUGAGCCCCUCCAGACUCGGUUUGCCCAGUUUGGGUAUCCCCCUGACGUGGGCCCAUGGACCUAUCACGCCCUCUCCGAGCCCAAGCUUAGCCACGAGCUAGAGCGGCUCUCUUUCGCCAAGAAGAUCGGCUCUGUUAGCUGUGUCUCGUGCCAGCCUUGCCCGAAUCCGAAUGAGAAGAGCCAAGACCGGUACGUUGUAGAGGAAUGGCCCCUAUCCAAUGGCACAUGGACCCUCGCUGCUGUCUUUGAUGGACACGGUGGUGCGGAUACUGCAGAAUAUGUCGUCACCACUUACCCUGGUAUCCUCAAGGGGAUGUUAACCACCGCACUUGCCGCUGGCACUCUUGAACCUGCGGCUGUUUCCCACCUUCUCGCCAACUCGGUCAAGGGCAUCGAUGAUUCCAUCACCCAGGAUCUACUCGACCUCUUUCCUGGAGGAGAAGAGGCUGUGUUAAAGCUUUCCGACGAUCAAAUUUCUGCGGUCAUAAAUGAUCACGAGUCUGGCGGCAAGAACAAUGCCAAAGUCAUCCGUUGUCUCCGUGGCACUACAGCGCUGGUCUCGCUUGUUGAUCCAGGAGCAAAGAACCUCUGGGUAGCCAGCUUGGGCGACUGUCAGGCAGUGUUGGGCACAAAAUCCUCAUCAGGACAGCUCGAUGCGUCUCUGCUGAGUGCGAACCACAACGGAGCUGAGAAAUCCGAGGUGGACAGGAUUAGGUCUGAGCAUCCCGGCGAGGAGGAAGUCGUGCUUAGAGACCGAGUGCUCGGGGCCAUCGCCGUCACAAGAGCCAUCGGAGACCACCUCUUCAAAUUGCCAAGGGUCUACACGCAACGCAUUUUCGAGAAUUGCAAGCCUGGCUUCAGGCUUUCUACACCACUACCCGAUUUCCUAGGCCGCAACAAGACGCCGCCUUACCUUUCGGCUGUGCCUGAUGUUCAACACGUCGCCCUUAGCGCUGACUCGGUUCAACGUUUCCUGAUGUUAUGUUCUGACGGUCUCACAGAUCUGUACCGGUACAGCGUUAACCAGCAGAUUUCCACUUUGCAACAAGUGGCCGACAGAGUUGUUGAACAGCUCACGUCGGAGAAGGCUUCGGGUGCGGAUAACAAGGCUCUGGCACUCUUGCGCGACGCAUUCGGCGGUGACGAUGAUGACUGCGUGUCCCAGCUGUUGACCGUGGAGAUGACAUCUCGAUGGAUAGAUGACACGACAAUUUUGAUCCUACCGCUUUAAACCACAUCGCGGUCGCAUUCU